AUGCUGUCAACAACAACCAUCUUCGCGUGCCUCGCCGUCGCCGCCAGCGUCGCAUCCGGCAGCAUGUGGCGGCUGCCGGCCUUCCCCGACGAGGAUCCCAUCAUGCUCAACGGCACCACCGAGGCCGAGGUGCACCGCGAGCUGCUCACCAUCAACCCCAACUACGACACCGACUUCCCCAACGGCGUCCGCGGCGACAAUGGCGGCGCGGGCAGGCGCAGGGACUGGAACUUUGCCGCCAGCGGGCUCAUCUGCUCCACCUCCAAGGACCCCAAGUUCGGCUUCAUCACAAAGGACGGCAUCGAGAAUGCCAUCCAGGCCCUCGAAGGCGUCCAAGGCAUAAUCCCUCUCAACAAGGGGCCAAAGGUCUGCUCCGAACUCGCCUGCGAUGCCGACACCCGCGCUUUCAUCUGCAACGACAACAAUAGUGAAUUCCAUGUCGGCUCGUAUGAAAACAUCAUCGACGCCGUCAGGUGGAUACGCGAAAAGUGUGCGCCCAACAAGGACUCCAAAGACCGCCCUCGCGGCGGGCAGGUCUUCACCAGUCAGAAAUGGAACGUCAUAUUGGAGGGAACGAGCUGCUAA